AUGAAACCUUUUACCAUAUCCCCUCCACCUCCACCAAAAUCCAAUUCUCCGGAUGGAAAUGACAAUCAAUGUAAUAAUAAACAGCCUUUGAUAUACGCAAUUGCGCCGCAAAUUCAAGGACAAACUGAGGGGAAUAGCUCCUUUAUAAGGGCGGAUUUAAAAAGGCGUUUUAGACAAGUGAUUAAUGCAACCGGGUUUGUCAAUUUAACUGACGUGAUGGAGGUCAGGCGGCACACAAGCGGUAAUGGAUAUGACCAUGAGCAUGUGGAAGGCGGAAAUUGUGAGCACGAAGCUCAAGGAAAGGGAACUCCUUUUGAGAUAGUGAUGAAGAAUAACUUGAUAAUCGUCCUACAGGCCUAUUCACGUGAAACUAGUGAUGAAUGGAUUAAGCGUCUUAUUGAUCUUGUGCGAUAUUGGAAGGCUCGCGUUGAGAAUGACGCGCAGACACGAAUUAAUUUAUUCAGGGUGAAUCGUUGGGAGGACGAUGAUCACGUGAGUAUGGUGGACAAUGAUGACACGCAAGAACACUUCAACAACUUUAAAGUAUAUGCCGAUCCGUAUAAUUUGGCAUCGAAGGACAAUGAUUUCCCCAAGAAAUAUGAAGAUGGACUAUGUAGUUAUGAUAAGAACGAAGAAUGCACAUUUGUCAUAUGGAAGGGGAAGAAAAGAUAUACAUUGGAAUUUAAUGGUAAGAAGGCGAAUGGGCCGUUUGGAUUGAACAUUAAGAAAAAGAUCAAAUUGAAUCACCCGGGAGAAUGUUGGGUGUUUAGAGCAAGAAAUCGGUCCGAAAGAGAGGAAUGGGUGUGGGCCCUUAACAUUGAAAUUGCAAGACUUUGUAAACAACAAAACAAAUGA